UAUGCGGGAAAUCGUGCAUCUGCAGGCCGGCCAGUGCGGCAACCAGAUCGGGGCCAAGUUCUGGGAAGUUAUCAGUGAUGAGCAUGGCAUCGAUCCUACCGGAACCUACCAUGGAGACAGUGAUCUCCAGCUGGAGAGAAUUAAUGUCUAUUAUAAUGAGGCUACAGGUGGUAAAUAUGUGCCUCGUGCUGUGCUCAUGGAUUUGGAACCUGGUACUAUGGACUCUGUUCGGUCUGGACCCUUUGGACAGAUUUUCAGGCCUGAUAAUUUUGUGUUUGAAAAGGAAUUUUGUUUAUUCAAAAGAAAGUCCUGGACUGCAGGUCAGAGUGGUGCUGGCAACAACUGGGCCAAAGGUCACUACACUGAAGGAGCUGAAUUGGUUGACUCUGUUCUGGAUGUGGUGAGGAAGGAGGCUGAGAGUUGUGAUUGUCUCCAAGGCUUUCAGCUCACCCACUCACUGGGUGGUGGUACCGGUGCUGGCAUGGGUACACUCCUUAUCAGUAAGAUCCGUGAAGAAUACCCUGACAGAAUCAUGAACACUUUUAGUAUUGUACCCUCACCUAAAGUAUCAGACACUGUAGUAGAGCCUUAUAAUGCAACUCUAUCUGUCCAUCAGCUUGUGGAGAACACUGAUGAAACUUACUGUAUUGAUAAUGAAGCUCUUUAUGACAUCUGUUUCCGUACCCUUAAACUGACAACUCCUACUUACGGUGAUUUGAACCACCUUGUGUCAGCUACCAUGAGUGGUGUAACAACCUGUUUGCGAUUCCCAGGGCAGCUGAAUGCUGACUUGCGAAAACUAGCAGUAAACAUGGUUCCCUUCCCCCGUCUGCACUUUUUUGUGCCAGGUUUUACUCCUUUGACCAGCCGUGGUAGCCAGCAGUACCGUGCCCUCACAGUACCUGAGCUCACCCAACAGAUGUUCGAUGCUAAAAACAUGAUGGCUGCCUGUGACCCUCGACAUGGCCGUUACCUGACAGUUGCUGCUGUUUUCCGUGGCCGUAUGUCCAUGAAAGAGGUGGAUGAACAGAUGUUAAAUGUACAGAAUAAAAACAGUACCUACUUUGUGGAGUGGAUCCCCAACAAUGUUAAGACUGCUGUUUGUGACAUCCCACCUCGAGGGCUCAAGAUGUCUGCCACCUUCAUUGGCAAUACAACAGCCAUCCAAGAGCUGUUUAAACGCAUCUCUGAGCAGUUUACUGCCAUGUUCCGAAGGAAAGCUUUCUUGCAUUGGUACACUGGUGAGGGCAUGGAAGAGACUGAAUUUACUGAAGCUGAAAGUAAUAUGAACGACCUGGUGUCUGAGUAUCAGCAAUAUCAGGAUGCCACAUCUGGAGAGGAGGCUGAAGAAGAAGAAUUAGGUGGAGAAGAAAAUUAAGCUAUAUAUUGUGCAUUUUGUCUAUCGCCAUUCUGCACUUUUAUGUUUUCAUAUCAAAUGCUACUUUUAAAAGGAAUAAAUUUAAAUAAUUGCA